AGUAGACGGUAUCAAGUAGCAAAGUUGUGGUUUUGGGCAUUCCACUGUCGUGUUACUGCCCCCCUCAGUAGAUUAUUUUAUACAUUGUUUAAUCUCGUUUAUUGUUACGCUUUUUAUUCAGUAUUUGAUAUUGCAAACAAAAUACCUCGUGUACAACAACGAUGACACAGUCAAACAGCAACAACGUAGUGUAUUUACAGACUACAUUACGAAACUUGGAAGAACGGUACAAGAAACUUCAAAAUCGAGUCGAGUCAUUACAAGUGGAAAAUGAAAGGCUGGUUACAAGCCGAACAGAACUUGUGGUUGAAGUCGAACGCUUACAGGACCAACAGAUACGCUUGAGAGAAAGAAAUUUAAGACUAACUCAAGAGUUUCAUUCAAAACAACAAGAAUGCUCCCUCCUUGCAGAGAAGCUUACCAUGUUUGCCCGUGGUAGAGUUGGAAAUUAUAAAGUUGAUUCUGAAAGCUUCAAGUCAGAUCUUACAGAAUUAAAGGAAGAUCUGGAGGGAUCCAGGGACAGCCUUGUUACAGUUGAGCUUCACGGCAAUUCAGAUACAAGGCCAAAAGUGCUUGAUGUCACUAGCCGUACUUAUUCAGAACCUAAUCUCAGUGUUAUUCAAAGAGAACUGGAUCUGGUACGGAAAGGUCUUUGGUCCCCUGCGUUGGAAAACACAAAAGGGACAGUUGUUGAAGAUUUGUCAUCGAAGUUAUUGCUCAGCUUAAAGAAGGGACAGGGUGAGCUUGAAGAGCAGUGCUCAAGGAUGAUGGAAUUCCAACGUAACUCGAUGGAAGCAGUUCAGGGAUUAUCCAUUCUGUCGGAUGAAAAUGAUGAAACAGAUCCAAUGGAAUAUGUACAACAAUGCACACAAUCUGCUCUCGCGCUUAAAGAAAAAUUACAAAAUGAAAACUUUAAAUUACGUCAUCUGCAUCAAAUAUUAAGAAUGAACGCAGCUAAUGAAGCAGCAGCAGCGAGUGUUGUAACUCAAACAAGUUUCGACAUGCACGCACCCGAAUUGGGCAGUUCAUCAGUGUGGAAAAACAUGAAUCUACAAGACCGCAUUUGUCCUCUUUGCGAAAACAUCUUUUCGACGGUUAUAUCCCAAGACGAAUUUGUUGAUCACGUAAUGUCGCACUUUGAGGGUGACGGUCAUAUGCCUGAGUUCGAAAUCCUGAGUUUGAAUACGUGAUUCCGAUUACUUCUGUGAUGUUCUGAAAUGUUCCGGAAACCUAGAAAACGAUUGGAUUGAACAAGAUGUUUCAGCAGGUCUUUCGCCAUUUGCAAUAGCCUUAUUCUCCUCAGAACCCACAUUCUGUCAUUAUACUUCGAACAGAACAAUUAUUUAUCACUAUCGUGGUUGACCCUUCGGUGCUUUUGUUUGUCGGUAACUAUAUACACUGCAUUCUACAAGUUCCUUAUUUACCUAGUUUUACCGCCUUAAAGCUUUCGUAGGUUACGUGCAAAAGGAGUGUAGGCCAAGAAG